GACGCCGCCCGAGCGGGUCUCUGUCUCUGUCUCUGCCGGCGUCGGCCACUCCUGUCGAGAAUCGGCGGAAAUUGUACUCUGUUCGAUAUUAUUUAUUAUUUUGAAAAACAUCAUCAAACUCAUUUGAAUGAGUAGAUCUAAAACGUUGUUUAAGUGAUUGUCGGAAAUUAACAUGCUGAAUUAAGUGUACAGGAAGUUGAAUUGAAAACUCUCAGUAUAAAGAAAGAGGCAUAGAGUAAAUGAUAAAACAAGCUUUAGAAUAACUUUCUGAUAAAGUGAAAUGCUACCAAGCAGACGCACAUAAUUUCAGCUGGUUAAGUAUAGUCGUCAAGUCCAGCCUUACAGCCAUCAUGAAAAAAGUCGAGUUGGCAGUGAUGUUAUUAAGCAUUGCUUCCCCGUCCUGGUGUCUGCCGCCGCAGAUUAACAGCACUGAGGAGGUGUUACCAACUAGUUUGGAGAUCACUUUACUUUGCGAGGGAACGGCGCCUCUCCUUUGGUCUUACUCUGAACACGGCGUUCGGAGGAAAUGCUUGUCGUGUGAAACAAAUGCUGGAGUUUACAUCUUCUCAGAGGACCCGAUAACAGAAAACUACACGACAGCAUCACAUAUAAAGCUGAGCAGUGACUAUGAUUAUCCAGGAUACUACAUUUGCCACUACAACAACUCGAACUACAUGAAAGAGGAAGAAUCUUCUGUCUAUGUCUUUACUUUGGCUCAAACUGAAAUGAAAUUUGCGAAUGGGUCCAAAAUUAACUCGGUUCAUGUUGAAGAAGGAGAUGAUCAUGCCCUUGACUGCCGCCCCACUUCGCCCAAACACAACGUCCGAGUCUUCAAGAACGAUACGGAGGUGACCGCAGAUCUCCCGUUUCACCCAAGGAAAGGAUUCACCUUUAAAAGCAUUACCGUCCAUCACCAAGGAAACUACACCUGUAAAAUUGAUAACAAUCAUAAGAAUUUCACACUCACUGUUAAGCCGACUCAGAUGCUAAACAAGCCGUACAUCCGCGCGGCGUUGGCGACUCCCGCCGUGCUCGGCUCUCCUCUGGUGCUCCUGUGCAUGGUCACGGGCGUCCCCGGCGUCAAGCACCGAUGGACACUACCGCGAGAGGGCGCUGUGGGAGAGCGAGAGAAGGGCCCCUGCCUCCCCCAAUUCCAGUGGAGCAAGAUAGCUCUUCUGAGAGUGAAUAGUCAGAGGGCGAAGGAAAUCACAAAAUGCGCUACGAAGCUCAAAGGGAACGUCAGUUGCCUCCGGCUUCCGAGGCUCUCACUCGACAACCUGGGCGAGUACGAGUGCGAGACGAGUGUGGCUGGAGGGAGGCGGUCCGCGAGCACAUUCAAUCUGACUGCAAGCGAAAGUUUGGAUCACUACGCCAAUAUAAGUCUCCAGGCAGCACAGAGAAAGGACAUGACUGAGCGCAAGGGCGAAAACGUGACGUGGAAUCUCGAAAUCCGUUCUUUUCCACCUUUUCCUAAUAUCACCUGUAGACACAACAACAAAAUUUGCAAGCAGUUGGAUCAAAUGAAUAUGGAUGGAGAGACAUCUCUUCGCCUCGUGAACAUAUCGGGGGAAGUCGACCAUGGCUCCUAUGACAUCGAGGUUAAGGCCGGAACAGCUGUGGACAUGAUCUCACUUUCUCUGUUGGUUCUUGAGGAACCACGCUUCGUCGACACCCCUCUAAGGCAAUUGGUUCCCCUCGGUACACAAGCUACCUUCGGCUUCCUUGUUUGCGGGUAUCCCCCUCCCGAAGGCAGACUUAUCUACCGGAGAUGUCCAAGAGGAGACUGCUUGGAGGAAGAGAUUGAGGAUACCGACAUCGUGAUACAUGAGACCCUGCAUGGAACCAGCAAUUGCUUUCAGGCCAAUGUCACGUACAGUGGCGAGGAAUCGAGGCUGUUUCGGUACGAGACUUGGAACGACCACGGCGCUGCGAACGUGUCUGUGGAAGUUGUGGUUUUAGACAUCAGUGCACCCUUCGUGUUUGAGUACAACUCGGGCGCAAGAAUAACCAAGGUGACUGAUGCAGCUGUCCGUCUGGCGGAAAAUGAUUAUCUGAACGUCACUUGCGCCGUUUCCAAUUUCGAUUACGACAAUCUAACCCUACAGUUUUUUGGAAAGAAGGAGUUGAACUCGUUUGAAGAACCGCCGAGAUCCAAGGACGCCUCAACACCACACUCUCUCAAGGCGGUGUUUGAAAGCCAAGGAGUGAGUCGCGCCUUGGAGGGAAAUUUUGAGUGUGUUCUGCACAGGAAGAGCGGACACACAGUAGUCCACAAACUGAUGCUUGUAGUUGAGGGGUCUAACUGGCAACCAAUUCUCCUUCUUUCACUUCCUCUGUUGCUGUUAAUCAUUGUGGCAAUCGUUCUUGGGCGCCGCGUCUGGAGGGACUGGCGCGCCAAGAAGGAGCUCAGGAACAACGUGGCUUUCCUGUUCAGGAAGGGAAAGUUGAACGAACUGAACUCCGACUGCACGGCAGACGAGCAGGCGGAGCUGCUUCCCUACGACUGCAAGUGGGAAGUUUCGAGGAGGGACAUCCAUUUGGGAAGACAACUGGGGUCGGGUGCUUUUGGACGUGUGGUGAAGGCUGUGGUGACGGGCGCUGCGGCGGAAAACCUUAAGGUCAAAGACGAGGCGGGGAUGGGUACGACUUCGUCCUCCUUGGUAGUCGCUGUGAAGAUGUGCAAGAGCCAACAAGACGCCUCGCACGUCCGCGCCCUCACCAUGGAGCUCAAAAUCAUGGCUUAUUUGGGCAAACAUCUCAAUCUUGUGAACUUAAUUGGUUCCAACACUUCGCGUAUCGGCAGCGGAGAGCUGUGGAUCUUGGUCGAGUACUGUCGAUAUGGAAGUCUCUUGUCCUACCUGCAUCGACAUCGCAAUGUAUUCAUCAAUCAGAUCGACCCUGGGAACGGCUCAAUUGACCCCAAGAUUUGCGACAAGACUUCCAGCUUCCCUGUGUUCCUAAGGAGUGAUAGCACCGUCCAACAGAGACUGACAGAUAGUAGUAAUUUCAAGACAGUGCAAAGUUGCAAUACCGCAGGCACUUACCUUAUGAGCGACGACAGUUCGGCGAACCGGGAAAUAUUUAUCUCGACCAGCGACCCGCGUUUCUCUGACCCGUGUCUCGGCAUCGACUCCCACGGCCAACAAAUGGUGUUCGACAAGAGCGGAAUUCCCGGGGAGAGUUCGCCCUUCACCACCUCCAGCUUGGUAUGCUGGGCGUGGCAGGUGGCACAGGGAAUGGACUACCUUGCCUCCAGAAGGGUCGUGCACCGAGACCUUGCCGCAAGGAACUUGCUGCUCGCAGACAACAAUGUUGUUAAAAUUGGCGACUUUGGAAUGUCAAGGGAUAUCUAUAAGACGGAGGCCUAUGUGAAGGAGAGUGAUGACCUAGUGCCCAUCAAGUGGAUGUCCGUGGAGGCCAUACGCGACCGUUUCUUCACUGUACAGAGCGACGUGUGGGCCUUUGGAAUAACUAUGUGGGAGCUUUUCAGCCUAGGAUCGGUACCCUACCCGGGCAUGCAAAUCGGGCCAGACUUCCUAAAAGACCUGGAAGCAGGGCUCAGGAUGGAGGAACCCAAAUAUGGGAAUGAUGACCUAUACGACCUGAUGCUACAGUGCUGGCAAGAGGAUCCAACACGGCGUCCAACCUUCUCUGCACUUUCAGAGGCUCUGGAAUCCAUUCUGGAACCCGAGAUCAUGCAAAAUUAUGGGAAUAUGAAUCAGCAUUACCAAAGGCUGAAUGAAGAGAGGUUCAAGGAGGAGACCGAUUACCUGGAUAUGUUCAUUCGUCCGGAUUACCAAAACCUCGUCCAGCUGAACGACAAACCUCCGGCGCAGGUUCAAGAGAACGAAACAGAAUCUCUGUUACUACAGGAUCGAGAAAUGCAAUCUUCACCCAUUGCAGAAGAUAUUAGAGAUGAUUAUCUCUCGAUGAAGUCUUCCUAAUCUAUUCUCAUUACACCAAUUAUUAG